UGUAACCUCGGAUUCUUAUUUUAAAUCCUUACAUCGUUAUGUUGAAUUCUUGUUUAUGUGUAAAUAAAUUUAAACAUUUAACGAUUACAUUUAAACGGACGUUAACUUUUUCACAAGGGUGCUGUCAAAAUGUGAUAAUGAACGUGUUCGACCGGGACGCCAAGCUUCUCCAGAAGUGGCGUGCGUCUAAACUCGAAAAUCCUCAAAUAUACCAGUACUUAAAAGACGAGGUCGGAUACCGCCUGGCGGACAGGGUCUUCGACAUCAAACGAAAGUUCGGCAAGGUCGUGGACUUGGGAUGCGGUCGUGGAAGCGUGUCCAAGAAUAUUUUGGCCGAUUGCGUCGAGACGUUGGUCAUGUGCGAUAGAUGCGAGCCCAUUUUGGACGAGGCUGCACUUCCAGAAGAGGGUGUCAACGUCGAGAAGCUCGUCGUCGACGAGGAGCGUCUGCCUUUCGAGGCGGACUCCGUAGACAUGUUCCUCAGCAGCCUCUCUCUCCAUUGGGUCAACAAUCUCCCUGGUACUUUCAGCCAAAUCAUGAAAUGCUUGAAGCCCGAUGGAGCUUUCAUUGGUUGUGUUUUUGGCGGAGACACAUUAUACGAAUUGAGAUCUUCCCUUCAAUUGGCAGAAGUUGAAAGAUUGGGUGGUAUAUCGCCACAUAUUUCCCCUUUCACAGAUGUAAGAGAUAUCGGUGGACUGUUGAGUCAAGCCGGGUUCACAAUGCUCACUAUAGACGCGGAUGAAAUCGUAGUCUCAUAUCCGUCGAUGUUUGAACUCAUGUGGGAUUUAAAAGGCAUGGGGGAAAAUAAUUGUUCAUGGUCAAGAAGUCAACACCUUAACCGAGAUGUCAUGGUGGCCGCUUCAGCAAUUUACAGACAGUUGUACGGCUCGGAUGAAAAAGUUCCUGCGACAUUUCAAAUCUUGUAUUUUCUCGGCUGGAAACCCGAUCCAUCACAGCCUCAGCCAGCCCAGAGGGGAUCUGCAACACAUUCUUUGAAACAAUUAGAACAUGUUAUAAAUACAAAGUCAAAGCCUACUUCUUCAUAGACAAUUGUUUCAUGUAUAGAUACCUUAUUUUUAAUUUUUUGUUAAUGAAAUAAAUUAAUUUAAUUUGUAUGUUA